UCCUGCUUGCCCUUUCACUUCCUUGCAUCAACCAAAUUCCCAUCUCCCAAAUCCUCCUUCCUUCUUUUAUUUUGUCUUUCUUAUUUUAAUCUCACUUUCUUUCACUUUCAUCCCUUGGAGAAAAAAACACAAUCACUUUAAAGAAACAGAGGAAGAGAGAGAGAGCAGAUACAAAAGCCUGUGAGUGAGCUAGGUAGCUAUGGCAGGGGAACAAUUACAGGUGCUUAACGCCCUUGAUGUAGCCAAAACACAAUGGUACCAUUUCACCGCAAUCAUCAUCGCUGGGAUGGGCUUCUUCACUGAUGCAUAUGAUCUCUUCUGCAUAUCACUUGUCACCAAAUUACUUGGCCGCAUAUACUACCAUGUUGAUGGCGCAGAGAAGCCUGGAACUUUGCCUCCCAAUGUAUCAGCUGCUGUUAAUGGAGUAGCGUUUUGCGGAACUCUAGCAGGACAGCUCUUCUUUGGUUGGCUUGGUGAUAAGCUAGGCCGAAAGAAGGUCUAUGGUAUGACUCUCAUGCUCAUGGUCGUAUGCUCUGUUGCAUCAGGUCUCUCUUUUGGCCAUACCCCUAAAUCUGUCAUGGCGACCCUUUGCUUCUUCCGGUUCUGGCUUGGCUUUGGCAUUGGUGGUGAUUAUCCACUUUCUGCCACCAUCAUGUCUGAAUAUGCUAACAAGAAGACUCGUGGAGCCUUUAUUGCUGCAGUGUUUGCAAUGCAAGGUUUUGGAAUUUUAGCAGGCGGUAUUUUUGCUAUUAUUUUAUCCUCUGCAUUCAAGGCCAGGUUUGAUGCUCCACCUUAUGAGGUUGAUGCACUUGGCUCCACUGUUCCGCAAGCAGACUACGUUUGGCGUAUUAUUUUGAUGGUUGGAGCACUCCCAGCUGCUCUUACCUACUACUGGAGGAUGAAGAUGCCUGAAACUGCCCGUUACACUGCCCUUGUUGCUAAGAAUGCAAAGCAGGCUGCAUCUGAUAUGUCAAAGGUCCUGCAGAUGGAUAUUGAGGCAGAGCCACAAAAGAUAGAGCAACUAGAUCGGGAGAGGUCCAAAUUUGGUUUGUUCACUAAAGAAUUUGCUAAACGUCAUGGACUUCACUUGCUUGGAACAACCACUACUUGGUUCUUGCUUGACAUUGCAUUCUACAGCCAAAAUUUGUUCCAAAAGGACAUCUUUAGUGCAAUUGGUUGGAUUCCUGCUGCAAAGACCAUGAAUGCCAUUGAUGAAGUUUUCAAAAUUGCAAGGGCACAAACACUUAUUGCUCUAUUGAGCACCGUUCCGGGCUACUGGUUCACAGUGGCUUUCAUUGAUAAGAUGGGAAGAUUUGCCAUCCAACUAAUGGGCUUCUUCUUCAUGACAGUGUUUAUGUUUGCACUGGCUAUCCCUUACCACCACUGGACCCAUAAGGACAACCGACUUGGGUUUGUUGUUAUGUACUCCUUGACUUUCUUCUUUGCAAAUUUUGGACCUAAUGCCACCACAUUUGUUGUACCAGCUGAGAUUUUCCCAGCAAGGUUAAGGUCCACUUGCCAUGGUAUAUCAGCAGCAUCCGGAAAGCUUGGUGCUAUUGUUGGUGCAUUUGGGUUCUUGUAUUUGGCACAGAAUAAGGAUAAGGCCAAGGCGGAUGCAGGGUAUCCUGCAGGUAUUGGGGUGAAGAAUUCACUCCUUGUAUUAGGUGCAAUCAAUGCCUUGGGCUUCUUGUUCACGUUCUUGGUGCCAGAAUCGAAAGGAAAAUCUUUAGAAGAGAUGUCGGGUGAGAACGAGGAUAAUGGAGCAGAGGUAGACGCAUCAUCUCAUAACCACAGGACGGUUCCAGUUGCUUAAGUUGGAUCCAUAAACCAGUUACUGAGCAACAAGUUGAACUGUUGUAAAACCCUUUUCUUUCGACUAUAGUCUGAUGUCAGAUUUACUUUUCACUGUUUUCCCUCAACGUGUGCCUUAUUCUAGCAAUCUCAGUUUUCUGUUCUGUACCUUUAAAGUUGAGGGGUAUAAAGAACAUUCCAUGGUUGUCUCUUUUCAUUAGUUAUAAAUCAACAAGCGCCCUGUGGCUCGUUGGCAGCCAUCAAAA